AAAUGUUUCACUUUACAAGGCUGUUUCUGGUGACUGUUACUUUGUGAUGAUGGUACACGAAGCAGUUCAGGUCCUGCCUUCAGGUUUUAUUGCAGAUAGUCAGACGGUACAAAACCAGAGUGGAUUUAUUUCAGCCUGUAGAUUCACUCAGGCCAUCUGUGUAGCUGCUGGGAGCAGCUUUAUCACCAGCGAUGAGAUAACACUCUGUUAAGCGUCACACACAGCUUGUUGUGCAGGCAAACAAAAAUGAAAAGCACUGUUGGCUGUAAUGGAGUUUUGUCAUUUAGACUGGAUCAUAAUUUUCUUCAUGUGUCAUGAUCCAAAGAAUAUUUAAUACCUCGACAGGGAGACUUAAAGCUGUACUCGGCAAGGUUUUCAUAAGAAAAUAAAUCCAUCAGAUCAACUCAGAGUAAGUGAGCCUCCCAUCCCUUAUAUGAUUGCUUGGGGUUUAAAUCUUUAUUUCUCAAACAGUGACCUCUUUUUGCCAUUUGGGGCCGCCAACAAGCAAUCUUGACUAAAACAGCUUUAAGAAGAAAGAGGCCUUAAAUUUGUGGUACCUGUUGACAAGCUUUCUGAUGUGCCGUUAAUAUUUUAAGUGAUUGAAAUAAGCAGCAUUUCAACAGGACACCACAACUGUUUAAUGUCUAAAUAAAACAGUUGCCGAAUGAUCCAAUUUAAUAUUGAAUGAUCACCUAGUCACCAAAGCUUAACACUAUACAAUAACUUUCUUACUGCAGAAGUGUUAUUGUUGGAUUACAGCUUUAAAGACAUUGUUACUUUCAUGACACAGGUUUAUUGUUACAAACUUUGAUAAGUGUUUUGUCCUUAUCUUAAAAAGGAAAUUUACAUUAUUUAUCUUUUAAAAAGGGAAAAAAAAACAAGAUUUAGAUUUUUCCAGAUGUCUUUUGGACAUGUCUUGCUCCUUGUUGUUUUGUCUUAAUAUUCGGAUAAAUCGGUAAAUUUGGUAAAUUCUCUGUCUGUUAACUUCGGGAUGAAGGUGAACUACAUUGUUGACCAAUUUUGAGGAAUGUAAAGGUUUCAAAAAGCACAUUAAAAAAAAUUGUCAUCCAAAGUGUCAAUAUCGAAACAUGUCCUACAUUGUACACAGUACAGAUUCUUGCCAGUUUGAUAUAAUAUCAUAUACAGGUUUUUUGUUUGUUUGUUAGUUUUCAAACUUAAAUAAACUGUUUCCACUAAAUUGAUUGGUGUGACUUGUUGAGCUCAUUGUGAUUGCGAGAAUGUAACUUGUGCCCUUCUACAGACAGGACAGUCUCUCUCCAUCAGGACACCCUUAUGGGUAUAAAAAUAAUAACUGAUUAUUUGGUAAUGCAGACAGACUCCUCAAAAAGCCUUGUCCUAACAUAGCUGCUGGUUAAUAUGUCGUCAGGCCAUCAAAGUAAUUUCAUAUCUGGAAUCUGAUCCAAACACACGGCGGCUCUCCAGAAAUACUGCAGCAGCCGCUCUCACCGCUGACCUCAACGUAUCAGUUUCUUUUUAACGUCCUGCCUCGGAAGACUUGAGACAGUAAGAUGGAUGGGUUCAGUGUGCAGACUCCAGUUUCAAGGAGUCCUCAGGUGUGGAGUUGGUAGCUAAGGACUCCUGGCUCUGUAACAACAGCAGGAGAUUAGUGUGACACCAUCAACAGACAGCACGCCGACACAUCCAGCCUGCUGCUUGUGCUGCAUGUUGAGAUGGUGUCUGGAAAACAAGGGAUUCAGUCCAGAUUUGGUCCCUCUGACAGAAUCUUGGUUCUGGCACAGCACAAAACCUCAAAAACUGUUUGGGCGACGACUCCUUGUGAGAAGCUGAGCUGGGGCAACCAGGAGCCAAUAUGGCCCGUCUCCGCUCCAGCGCUCGGAGCUGUUCCAAGUGCAAGAAUCCAAUACCUAGCCAGGCACAAAAGAGACUUCUCAGCAAGGGAGGACCACCGGAGGAAGGAGGAGGAGGCGAGCUUCUUCAGGAAGACCCAGCGUCGUUCCUCCAGGACAUCCCAGUACGAACACAUUGUCCGCUUGUCAACACCUAAAACCAGGAGCUGCAGCUCCCAGGAAGCAGGGCCUCCUCACACAUCCCAGUGUGAGAAUAACUGUCCUGUUUGGCACGUUGAUCCCAAAGGUAUAACUGCAGUGAUCACACUUAGACUGCUGCAGCUCUCCAACCCCAAACAGAACCAUCCAGACUUCCAGAGCAACAGAGAGAGUGUUGCAUCCAUCGUUUCCUUUGCUUCCAAGACGGCUCGAAUCUCUCAGCGACUGGCCCAGCUGUCACUGCCCAAGCUGAAGGAGAGCAACAUCUGCAGUGAGCUCGGCCGGCCGGAGGAAUCAAUCUGGACUGUUUCAAGAGCAGCGAGGAGAGCCACAGUAAGUGCUCGUGUUGAAAUGCUGGCGAUGCCAAAAAAGCUUUCCGAAGACUACAUCCCUCCACGAGAACCAGCACGGAGCCCAAAAAACGUCCAGUCCGCUUGAGCUUCAUCCCUCAACACCUCAACCAAGUCAGUGCUUAUCUAGUUUGUGCCCUUUUGGGAAGCUAAUUCAACAACAGCAUAAACCGGCAAAAUGUUGACAAUAUGCAGAAGUUUCUGAAAUGAUGUCAAGUUGAUAUAGAUCUUGAUUUUACAGUAGAUGAUCAACUUCUUCUUGUGCUUUAUUUAGACUGGCGCCCAAGAUCCUCCUAUUAAAUGUUCUUCCAAAUUCUUGUGAGCUAAUAAUCUCGAUACGGCUUUUGUUUGCUGACAAAGCAAGUUUUUUUGUAUAAAUGCAAUAAAACACCAUAAAACCACAAAAAGAGGAGAAACCCGACAUGUAAUUACAAACUCCAAACAAAUGAAGGAAAAAUCAUGA